AUGUUUCAGCCUGAGGGCCUCGCGCCGAAGCUGGAAAUGAAACGGAUGAUGCAUGGGAGCGUGCUCUCCUCCAUAGGGAACUUUCUUAUCUGCGUGGCCCUGCUGGGACUCACUCCCUUUAGCUUAAAGAAAUUGGAUAGCAUAUAA